UGCAGCUCAAAACCAUUUCCCUCAUCCUAUCCCUGCACUCCCCGACCAAGAGCCCCUCCCCAGAUUUCCUGGAGCCCCUUUCCAUACUGGAAGCUGCUCUAAGGUCUACCUGGAGCCUUCUCCUCCACGCUCAACAAUCCCAUCUCUCUCAGCCUCUUCUCCCCAUCCCAGCAUCCUGCUGAGACCUUCCAGCUCCUCCCAGCCCAGGUGGGUCAGGAUGACCCUAUAUUAGGAGCUCUGCAGGCAGAAGCUCCUCAAGGCUGGGCUCAGGGAGGACGUUCUGGUUGUAUCUUGAGCUUUCUCCUCCUUCUUCCAGAAGAUGCAGCCAUGCGACGGCAGCUCUCGCCCAUUCAAGCAGAGGAAAAGCCUCGCCACCAGGAUGCACGAAGUGACAGAGAUCCGGAUAAAAUAUCCCAACAAGAUCCCGGUGGUUGUAGAGCGCUACCAGAAGGAGAAGACCUUACCCCCCUUGAACAGGACCAAAUUCCUGGUCUCCCAGGAUCUGCCCCUCUCCCAGUUUGUUGUCACCCUGAGGACAAGGCUCUGCCUGGCCUCCUCCCAGACCUUCUAUCUGCUGGUGAACAACAAAGGGCUGCCAAACAUGGCCAUCACCAUGCAGGAGCUGUACCAAGACAACAAGGAUGAGGAUGGCUUUCUCUACUUGACCUACGCCUCCCAGGAGAUGUUCGGCAGUGAGCCCGCAGCUGCUUGACCGCGAGCUUUGCCACCACUGUGUCCUUGUGGCUCCUCAUCUCAGAACUCCAACGCUGAUGAGGUUGGGGACGUAUCCAUUCAAAGUUGGCUUCAAACCUGUGUGGAGCCCCAAAUUGUGGCUGGAUCGAACCUCAUCUUCUCUCUGGCUGCAGCUUGACAGGCUCGGUCUUAAAACUGAUGCUCAACGCCCUCUUCAUCCGUUGGCUUUAGCUACAAAUUACUCUCCCACUGCAGCAGAUGGUGUUGGUUUACUCUGAUCAACGGGAAGGUUCUUCUAACAGGCUCUUCAAAAGGGCUUUACAGGCUGUCCUCCCUCCUCGGAGGAACAUAGGCUCCUUUUAAACGCUCCUCCUAACAGGAUUGAGGAUGGGGAGCCGCAGGGUUUGAGGAGGUUUGUGUUAAGCCGCGUGUCCGUCCUCGCUGCUACAGAAGCAUCAGUGCUUUUGAGAUGUGGAAUAAAGGAAAUUCUGGCUGAUGCCUCUGGUUGCAGCUCAUCCCUCGGAUGCGAAACCACCUUUAACCUCAGGGCUUUGUCCCUGGCUUUGCUGAG